AUGAUGAUGAAAAGUGAAGACAAGAACGAGUCCACAACUGAGAUGGAUGAAGGAGAAGUUUCAAUUUCAAUUCCUGAGGAAGAGAAAUCCUCUGGGAUGAUGGGAGAAACAUCAAACGUUAAACAUUGGAAGAAACCGAACCUUUUCUUGGAGAUACCUAGCAGAACAUUGGAGGUAUCCCAUCAAAAGUUUGUUCAAAUAAAGAUGCCUCCUACGCCUACUCCCAUUCCCACUCCGACUCCGAAAAGAGUUAACUUCCUUUUAACUCCCAGCCCUUCUGAUGCAAAAGUAACUGUAAGUGGAUCUCCUUAUCCCUCCUCGUCCAAAGCCAAACCAUCCAUCAAGAAUUUGCUGCCAAGACUAAGCUUCAAGUACCGGAGUUCUAAUUCUGAUACAGAAAAGACUUCCAACCUUGAUUCAGGUUCAUCAACUACCAGGACGCAAGAGAAUCCUUCCAUACCAAGGUCAUGGUCACUAACAAAAAUUUUUACACCUCGCAUGAAGAGGACAAAAUCUUUACCUGUAACUCCAAUUGUACAUUCAAAUCCAGACUCUGUCUGUGAUGGAAGUAUAAACAGUUCUGUAGCCCUUGAGACAAAAGUUGCUCAGCGGCACAUGUCCAGGUCACUUUCUGUCCCAGACCUCAACAAAGACAAAAGCAUUCGAAAACUUGAUUCUUUCUUUCGUGUGAUCCCCUCAACUCCUCGAGUGAAGGACGGCAUUUCAGAAGUGUCAACAGUGACUGCACCUGGAGAAUCUGAGAAUAAUGAAGAUGAUGGUGAAGAUAUACCCGAAGAAGAGGCUGUUUGUCGAAUUUGCUUUGUUGAACUAUGUGAAGGUGGAGAGACGCUUAAGAUGGAAUGUAGCUGCAAAGGUGAACUUGCUCUGGCUCAUCAAGAAUGUGCCAUAAAAUGGUUUAGCAUAAAAGGUAACAAGACGUGUGAUGUUUGCAAGCAAGAAGUUCAAAAUCUACCUGUCACACUUCUGCGUAUCCAAAGUACUAUAAACCGCAAUACUGGAGCAACUAGUUUUGGACAUAUGGAAAUCAAUGGAUACAGAGUUUGGCAAGAAGUGCCCAUUCUUGUCAUUGUCGGUAUGCUGGCCUACUUCUGUUUUCUUGAGCAGCUGCUGGUUCAUAGAAUGGGUACAGGUGCAAUUGCCAUAUCGCUUCCGUUUUCUUGUUUACUUGGUCUUCUGUCGUCUUUGACCUCUUCAACUAUGGUCGAGAGAAGAUUCGUCUGGGUAUAUGCAUCAAUUCAGUUCGCCCUUGUGGUUCUCUCUGCUCAUAUCUUUUACUCCUUGGUUCAUGUGCGACCAGUUGUAUCAAUUCUUCUCUCAACAUUUGCGGGUUUUGGUGUAGCAAUGUGUGGAAGUUCUGUUCUCGUUGAGUUCCUGAGAUGGAGAAGGCGACGUGCUGUUACCAAUCAGAAUCAAAUGAUUCAAGAGGAUUUCUCUCUUUAUGAUUCCGCCAUUCCGCCUUCAGCACCAGCAGCGAGGGAAGCUUUCGCAGACAAAAAACGAGAAAUUACUGAACAAAGAAGAAUAGAAAACGAAGAAGAAAGAAAUAAGGAAAGGAGAAUGAAGAUAGAAGAAGUACAAUCCACCACUAAGAAGCAGAGAAUUGCAACUCAUACUCAUAUCAAAGGCCUCGGCCUCGAGCCCAAUGGAAAUGCAAUACCUCUGGCUGCUGGAUUUGUGGGUCAAGUAGCUGCCAGGGAAGCUUCUGGUCUUGUCGUGGAUAUGAUACGUCAAAAGAAGAUGGCUGGACGUGCAUUAUUACUUGCUGGUCCUCCUGGUACUGGAAAAACUGCUCUUGCCCUUGGAAUUUCCCAAGAACUUGGUAGCAAGGUUCCUUUCUGCCCAAUGGUUGGAUCAGAAGUGUAUUCAUCUGAAGUAAAGAAGACAGAGGUUCUAAUGGAGAAUUUUCGACGUGCUAUUGGCCUCCGUAUUAAGGAGAACAAGGAUGUUUAUGAAGGGGAGGUGACUGAAUUAUCUCCAGAAGAAACCGAGAGUGUGACAGGUGGAUAUGGUAAAAGUAUAAGCCAUGUUAUAAUUGGUUUGAAAACUGUUAAAGGUACAAAACAAUUGAAGCUGGACCCAACAAUAUAUGAUGCCUUGAUUAAGGAAAAGGUAGCGGUUGGUGAUGUUAUAUACAUUGAAGCAAAUAGUGGAGCAGUUAAAAGGGUGGGAAGGAGUGAUGCUUUUGCAACAGAAUUUGAUCUCGAGGCAGAAGAAUAUGUUCCACUUCCUAAAGGGGAGGUUCACAAAAAGAAGGAGAUAGUUCAGGAUGUUACAUUACAUGAUCUUGAUGCUGCAAAUGCUCGACCUCAAGGUGGACAAGAUAUAUUGUCCCUGAUGGGUCAGAUGAUGAAGCCCAGGAAAACUGAAAUUACUGACAAGCUACGGCAAGAAAUAAAUAAGGUUGUUAACCGUUAUAUAGAUGAAGGUGUAGCAGAACUUGUUCCUGGUGUAUUAUUUAUCGAUGAGGUGCAUAUGCUGGACAUGGAGUGCUUUUCAUACUUGAAUCGUGCUUUAGAGAGUUCCUUAUCUCCAAUAGUAAUUUUUGCGACAAACCGAGGGAUUUGUAAUGUCAGAGGAACGGACAUGAGUAGUCCUCAUGGCAUACCAGUCGACUUACUAGAUCGGUUGGUUAUAAUAAGAACAGAAACCUAUGGUCCAGCUGAAAUGAUACAGAUAUUAGCUAUCAGAGCACAAGUCGAAGAGCUGCAGAUAGACGAGGAAAGUCUGGCUUAUCUUGGAGAGAUUGGACAGCAAGCAUCCUUGAGGCAUGCAGUCCAGCUGUUAUCACCAGCCAGCAUAGUUGCUAAAAUGAAUGGUCGCGAUGAUAUUUGCAAGACGGAUCUCGAAGAAGUUGGUACUCUUUAUUUGGAUGCCAAAUCUUCUGCUAGGCUCCUUCAAGAGCAACAAGAGAAAUACAUAUCAUAA